AGGCACCUAGGGUCCACAAUUCUCCCGAGUAGCACCGCUCUUUCUUUUGCUCUUCCCUUCCCUGUGCAAUGGUUGCCCUUGCCAUUUUAAAAGGGCAGUCGAUUCCGUCCUCAAGCUCCGGGAACAGACAGUUGGGAUUGCUUUUGCUGCUGCAAGACGCUUCCCCUCCGGUCACUCUCUGACGGAACUUGACUGCCAUCACCAGCCAUUCACGCCCAGCCAGCUACUCCUCGACACUGACGGGGACUGAUUUCAUACGAUGGCAGGCCCCAAGAAGCCGGUCAACGUCUUCAAGUUGAAGAACCUCAAUGUUCCGCCCGAGGUCUUCAACUGGCGCCUAUGGUUCGCCGUUCUCUCCUUCGCGCUCCUCGGCGCCGCCCGUGGUGUAGACGAGGGUUUGAUCUCGGGUGCUUUCAACAGCAAGAACUUCCAAGACUCGAUCAGCUACAAGUCCUACAACGCAGUUGAUCAGGCGAACAUCAAGGCCAAUGUAUCGGCCAUGGUACAGAUUGGCUCUGUUGGCGGCUCGCUAUUCGCAUUUCUGGUCUGUGAUCGCAUAGGACGUAUCUGGGCCGUUAGGCAGCUUUGCGCGGUUUGGAUUUUGGGCAUUGGACUUUUCCUAGGUGCCAAUGGUAACCUCGGAAUGAUCUACGCUGGAAGGUUUAUCGCAGGUUUGGGAGUUGGACAAACUCCUGUCGUCGGUCCCGUCUACAUUGCCGAGAUCGCGCCACCAGAGGUCCGGGGUCUCUGCACCUGCAUUUUCACCGGCUUCGUAUACCUGGGAAUCGUACUGGCCUAUUUCGCCAACUACGGCUGCCAGAUCAACAUGGGUGACAACACGCCUGCUCGUUGGAUGGUCCCUACAUCUCUUCACAUCAUGUUUGCCACCAUCAUCUUCGCUUUGAGCUUCAUGCAGUACGAGUCUCCCAGGUUCUUCAUCAAGCAAGGCAAGCAUGAAGCCGCUCAGUACAACAUGGCCCGCCUGCGCAACCUCCCAGAGGACCACCCCUACGUCUUGAACGAGAUCGCAGCUAUUGAGAUGGCUCAUCAAGAGGAGAUGGAGGCAACAAAAGGUACAGGUUUAUGGGGCAUGCUGAAGGAGAUGUUUACCGUUCCUAGCAACCUCUAUCGUAUCUGGCUGGCCCUGAUGGCCCAGAUCAUGUCUCAAUGGUCGGGCGCUGGAUCCAUCACAUUAUACGCCCCGGAUCUGUUCAAGCUGCUCGGCAUCUCAGGCACAAACGAGACACUCCUCGUUACCGCCGUUUUUGGAAUCGUCAAGCUGGUGGCUGCCAUUGUCUGCGCCCUCUUCCUUGUCGACGUGAUCGGCCGGAAACGCUCGCUCCUCCUCGGUAUUAGCUUACAAGCUAUGUCAAUGAUUUAUGUUGCCAGCUUCCUCACUGCGGUACCUGGGCUGGGAGUUGAGGAUUCAGUCACCUUGACUGGCACACAGCUAGGAGCCUCCAAGGGCGCUAUUGCCAUGAUAUACAUCAGCGGCGUCGGCUGGGCCUUGGGCUGGAACUCGAUGCAAUACCUCCUUACCUCGGAGCUGUUUCCCCUGAGGAUCCGAGCCCUGGCCACUUCGAUGGCCAUGACAUUCCACUUUGCCAACCAGUAUGGCAAUUCGCGCGCUCUUCCCAACAUGCUCCUGGCUCUCGGGAAGGGUGGCAUCAACCCUGACGGAACUUUCUGGACGUUUGCGAUUAUCACAGUCUUGGGCGGCUUCUGGGUUUGGUUCUUUGUUCCUGAGACGGCUGGAAGGUCGCUCGAGAGCAUGGACCGGCUGUUCGCACUGCCCUGGUACCGUAUCGGCCGCCACGGCAACGCAGAUGCCGAGCAGCAGGAUGCGGUUUACAAGACAAAGGAAGAAGAGGCUGCCAUUUCUCGUGGCGAGCACGUGGAGAAGUCGAGAGAUUUUGUUUAACCAUGUGAUGUUUACCUUUGCGCUCAAUUACGUGCCCUCAAGGUUUUGAGACAGAAAAGUUUGGUUUAUCAUUUUACCCCGAAUACCCAUGAUCAUUCAUACUCUACAUAGUUCAAUGGAAAUAAAGCAUUCAGUAUUGGUAGUCGCAUUAUUUGAGCCUCUUAUGUGUCAUUGGUCUUAUUAUGUUGUU